ACGGGCUUGUGGAUGGUAGAGCCAUCUUCUAUUGAUAACAAUGUGCACUUUGCAGUGAUUCAUGUUGACUCUAUUUUUCGAUCUGCCCAUCUUAUUCCUGUUUAUGGUACUGAACUACUCCCUACAGUCAUUAAAUCCCACCAUGUCCUUGAUAUAUUCACCCUCUUUUAUGUAAAUAAAUAUGCUGACCAUCACACUUUCGAGAUAGCUUGUUAA